UAAGCAUUUUGCUAAUUCCAGCAUCUUCAGCAACUUCCUUCUUCUUGGUGCAAAUUUCAAGAAGAAUUGAAGCUUUGCGGCAUAUAAGGCAUGGGGAAUGGGAAUGGGAUUGCUUUGAAGGAUGAGAAGAUGCCUACUCAUUCAAGUAGUUUCAAGGAUAUCUAUUUGUUUUAUGAGUUGAUGGAUACGAAGCUUAAUCAUAUGAUUAAGUCGACGUUGCCUUUAUCCAAUGACCAUUGCAAGUAUUUUCUUUUUCAGGUAUUGGCUAGCUGUGAACUCAUUUCUAUUUGUUGGCUUCUUCUUUUCGUCUUCUUUUCCCCUCAUCACAGGGACAUCGACGAAUCAAAUAUUGAAUCAUGAUGAGUAUUUAUCUCAAACACGACAUGUAAAUAUUAUUAUUUGUAUUUUGUGUGAUAUAAUACACUU